AUGAUACAAUCGAAAAUGAUAGAAAAAGAAAUGGAACUUGAAUGUUCAAUGAAUCAUAAACGUCCAAUAGAGAUGGUUAUUUGGGAUAAGAAUUUAGAAAAAGAUAAAAGAUUUUUAUGCAAAGAGUGCUUGGAUGAUAAUUAAGAAUAAAAUUUAAAUAGUUUGAUAAGUUUUGAAAAACUUAUUUAAUUAAUUGAAGAAUAUCAAAAGAAGAAGUUAGAGUACGUGGACAGUCUUAUUACAAUGAAUAUCAAAUAAAUAUAAACAUUUUAAAAGAAAUUACUUCAAUUAAAAUAACACAUAAUUUAAUAAUUAGAUUAAUUAAUUUGGGACUCAGAUGAAUGGAUCAAAAGUUUCUAUUAAAUUGGAUAAAAGAAUGUCACUUAUAGUAUCUAUGAAGAAUUGGAUAACUUAAUAAAUAAAGAUAAGUUUGAACAAUUCAAUUAUUAACCUUUAAUCCAUUAAAUAAAGAUUACAAACCAUUCAUGGAAUCAAAAGAUUCUACAAAAAUUAAAGUAAUUCUCUGCAUUUGAAUUGAAUUAAAAAAUUGAACAAAUAUUAAUUAAUUUCGAAAAAAUAAAUUAAGAAGAAGAGAUUAUAAAAAAAAUUAAUUCAAUGGAAGUACAAUAUGAAAUUGAUAAUAUUAAAGAGUCUACUUAAUAAUUUUAAAAUAAUAAUUAAUUGGAGUAGGGUGAAGUUGAAUUCAAAUUAAUUGAUGAUUUAAAUAAUUAGGCUAAUAUUUGUUAUGCAAUAGUAUUUAACAAUUGUGGAUCAAUCAUGGUCUCUACUGAUUAUACUGAUAUUAUCAUUUGGGAUUUUAUAUAAGGAAGGUUGAAACAAUCUAACAGAUUCUCUGUUCACCAUUUUACUGUAAAUUGUUUAGUUUACAGCAAAAAAACGAAUAGCUUUAUAUCUGGUUCUUGGGAUAAAUCAAUAAUUAGUUGGAAAUAAAUUAAUCAAAAUGAAUGGAAGUGGUCAUAACCAUACUAAUAACAUAUUGAUUACAUUUAAUGUUUAAUAUUAAAUAAACAAGAGGAUUAACUCAUUUCAGGAGGUUAUGAUGACUCAAUAAAAGUCUGGAAGGUAGAUUUUAUGAACAAUUAACUGACUUAUCUGUAUUCUUUAGAUAAUACUUAUGCUGUCUAUUCAUUGUGUUAUAAUGAAUCUGAAACUAUUUUGGCAUCAUGUGCUAAAUCUAAUUUCUUGAUAUGGAAGGAAGGAUUAGAAGGGAAAUGGGAAUUAUAAUGUAAAUAAAAAGUUUCUGACGGUUAUUAAAUAUUUUUUAUAAAAGAUCAAUAGUUUCUUUGGGUAACUCGUGAAUAAAAUAUAGAUGAAAUUUUGAUCUUUGAAUUGCAGGAUGGAAUCUUCAAAUAAAAUAAAAAUAAAACUCUUCAACUAAUUAAGAAUGAUUAAUGCGAGGAUUAUUGGAUUCUAUUUAGAACAAUACAUAAUAAAGAAAAAAAUGUCAUAUUGAUUAGACAUAAACAUCAUAUUUAUCUGAUUAGGAUAGUGAAUGAAAAUGAUAUGAAGAUAAUUGGAUAAUUGAAUUGUGAAAUAGAAGAUAUUUUUGGAACAAUGACAGAUGAUGCCUAAUAUUUAGUAUUUUGGGACCAUAAAUAACAGAAAUAUUUAUCAUUUGAAUUAGUAUAAAAAUGA